UCUUCCAAUGUUAGCAAGAAGGCUCAUUGUGUGCUCAGCACUGUCUGAAUAAUUUGCUACAAGGGGAAUAUUUUAGUCCUGUUGAAUUAUCCUCUAUUGCACAGCAGUUGGAUGAGGAAGAAAGAAUGAGAAUGGCAGAAGGAGGAGUGUCUAGUGAAGAAUAUAGAACAUUUUUGCAGCAGCCUUCUGUAAAUAUGGAUGAUAGUGGAUUCUUCUCAAUUCAAGUUAUAAGCAAUGCCUUGAAAGUUUGGGGUUUAGAACUAGUCCUCUUCAACAGCCCAGAGUAUCAGAGGCUUGGGAUCGACCCUAUAAAUGAAAAAUCAUUUAUUUGUAAUUAUAAGGAACACUGGUUUACAGUUCGAAAGUUAGGAAAACAGUGGUUUAACUUGAACUCUCUCUUGAUGGGUCCAGAACUAAUAUCAGAUACAUAUCUUGCACUUUUCUUGGCUCAAUUACAACAGGAAGGUUAUUCCAUAUUUGUAGUAAAAGGUGACCUGCCAGACUGUGAGGCUGAUCAGCUAUUGCAGAUGAUUCGGGUACAGCAGAUACAGCGACCAAAACUAAUUGGAGAAGAGGCAGCACCUACAAGAGAUCAGAGGCUACCCAGAAGUGAUGUGGACCAAGCAAUAGAUGUUAACCAUCCUUAUGAUGGAACAGGCAUGCUAGAUGAAGAUGAAGAGAAUUUUCAGAAAGCCCUGGCUCUAAGUAGGCAGGAAAUGGAUAUGGAAGAUGAAGAAGCUGAUCUUCGCAGAGCCAUUCAACUCAGCAUGCAAGGUAGUCGUCGAAGUGAGAUCUCAGGCUCAUUACCACAGAACGUUCCUCAGCUGCCUCACACCAGUCAGACAGACUCCCUUUCUUCAGAAGAACUGCGAAGGAGAAGACAAGCGUAUUUUGAAAAGCAGCAGCAACAGCUACAGCAGCAAGAUCAGACUCAAAACCUACACAAUAAGCCAACUCUAAGCUCGGGCACUCCGGAAGCUGACCCAGGAGGUGAUAUGAGUGAAGAAGACAUGCUUCAGGCAGCUAUGAAUAUGUCUCUGGAAUCUGUUAGAAACCACUUGAAUACAGAAGAGGAGAAAUGA